GUUAAUUGACGUUCAACCCCCACCUGUUCUAUUGUUGACAACUCCCUGUCUGAAUAUUCUGCUUCAUCUCUUCCCCUUCCAUCUUAAACUCACCUUAUAAGGCCCUUUACCCUUAUCUUAAGUUGAUCAAACCUUCCUGCCCCCUGUUUAUUUGACCCUUGAGGCUCUGAGACGGUAAAUCCCCUCUUCUUCCUUCCUCUUUGUAAUCACAGCACAUGUCUGUACCCAUUGAUCAUGCCUACAUUUACAUACAGCCUGAUCACCGCCCUGUCCUUCACUCUGGGACGGUUUACGGUCUCAGAUCCAUUCAGCACCUCAGACUCACCCUGUUCUGGAAAAUUGAUAAAAUCAGACCUCUAGAGCCAACUCUGGAACUGAUGGAUUCUUCUUUAACAUUUUGGUUUAUAAAAAAGACACUUAAGUGAGAAGGGUUACACGAACACGAAGACAAAGGACAUGAAGACUAGGAGUGUGUGACCUUGUAUUUUAAGGCAUUCAACUCCUCACUCGAAUUCUGGUCUCAGUAAAUGCUUACUUAUUUGCUGUAAGUAAACAACACUUUAACUUUCAAGAGCUUAUAUUAAUGUCUUAAAUAAUCAAUAAUCCUUCACCAGGGUCCUGAAAUCCACAAAGGACACCGGACAGGUCUGCUGGAGAUGAGUGUCAGGUCUCCAGAGUCAAAUACAUCUAAACAUUUAAGUCUGUCAUUUCGGUUGGCGAAGAACACGGCGUAGGAGUAAGAACAUUAUGUUUGUGUGUGCAAGCUGGAGAGAUCUUUUUGAUUGUGGUUAAUGUCACCACGUUUCCACUCAAGCAUUAACCUCCUUCCAUGAAUUCCCUUCCAUUAGAUUCAAAUAGAUAAAGAAUCAUCAAGCAUGAGUUUAAAACACUGCUUCCCAAAUUAAAAUCAAAUAGUUACUUGACAGUUAAAGGGGGUCUCACUCUUGCAGGAAACAACACCUCUGGGCGAUGUUUUUUCACACCUACUCACAGUUUCCUUUGUGCGAGUUGGAAGGUAGUGGAGGUGGGCUGUGCAGCCCCAGUCACACUGUUCAGCUUUCACCUCUGCACAGGGACAAUGAUUCAAACCUUCGGCAUCAUAUUGUUCUUUCAGUUGUUCUCUUUAAAUGGGGCGACUGAGGCCGGCAUCUUCGGUGGUAAAGUUUCGAAGCCUCAUUCCAGACCCUACAUGGCUUCACUCCAGUUUCAAGGACAACACUCAUGUGGCGGGAUCCUCGUCCGGGACGACUUUGUUCUGACAUCAGCUCACUGCAAAAACUCUCAGACGAUGAUGGUGGUGCUCGGUGCACACGACAUAAGCAAGAAAGAAAAAAGUCAGCAGAAUCUCAAAGUGGCAAAAUACUUCACACAUCCAGAGUACACAUCAGGACAAUCUGAUUAUGACAUCAUGCUUCUCAAGUUAAAAAACAAAGCAAAACUGAACAAGUAUGUGAAGCCCAUUGGAUUACCGAAGAAAAACGGGAAAACACCUGUUGAUGUAGCAUGUGUCGUUGCUGGCUGGGGCUAUGUAGCAUCUAACGGGCCGGCCUCACAUGUACUGAGGGAAACCAAGGAGAAGAUUCAAGGCCUCAAGGAAUGCAAAAAUAUCUGGGAGGGAGUCUUCAAUCCUAGUCACAUGAUAUGCACCAAGUUUGACAAAAAGAAGGGAGGAAUUUGCCAGGGGGAUUCUGGCGGACCGCUGAUCUGCAACAGCAAACCUCAGGGUAUCACAGCUUUUACUGCCAAGAAUGACUGCGACAAUCCCAAGUUUCCCCAUGUCUUCAUGAACCUACAUUUCUUUCUUCCCUGGAUCAAGAAAACCAUGCAGGGGUAGAAGAGUGUAUAACAACCACUAUUCAAAGGGCAAGAAGUUAUUCCUUUCUUCACUUGAUUAUUAACGCAUCUUAAUAAAGCAAAAUUCGAAUUAAUUUAGCCUGAAAAGGGAAACUGGUACAUGUGAAUGUUUUGCAAAGGUAUGGAAAGAAAAAUCACAGAUGCUUUUAUUUCAACCUAACAUCUUGCUGUACAGUUAAAGAAUGUGCCUUUGUCCUGUCAUACAUUGCUCAAGCUUGUCUUUUCAUUCCUGCAACUUCCUUUUUCAAUAAUCCUUGUGCAAGUUUUGUCAACUAUGUACAAAUAUCUUUCUUUAACUCAUCUAAAACUCUCUUGUCAGCAGCAGGUCUGAGUUAUUUCUGUGUGAAAGUGUGUGUAAGACUGAAUGGCGUGAGGGAGAAAUGGCAGUGUAGCAGACAAGGGCAGAUAUCGAAAGUAUCUCUGUGAGUGUGGUGGUUGUGGUGGAGAAGCCCACAAUGAAGUCUGAAAACUCACCUGACUUGGAUCUCUUGUGAAAUAUCUCUUUUCUAUAACCUGUUAACAGAGUUUAUGAGUUAAACCUGAUGAAGAAAUCCAUCAAUUCAACCUUAUAUUUUUGAUGAUACAAACUUGU